CGUAUACUUCCGGGAUUCUGGCGUCUGGACAUUUUCUGUUUUUAUUGGGCAUAUUUUCAUAGUUUCACCAAUAUGCAUUGGUUUGAAGGUGAUAUAUCGUCGGCUAUAGCUAAAGCGAAGCAGACAAAGGCGGUUUUUGUAAUUUUUAUAAAAGGUGAGGAUGAAUUGUCAAAACAGAUGUGCGAGACUUGGGAAGAUACCUCAGUUAGUACACUAUGUCAACAAGAGAAGAUGGUGACAAUGCAACUACAAGCUAACAGUGAAUCCUGUCGGCAAUUCUCACAGAUUUACCCUGUAUUUUGUGUGCCUGCUACAUUCUUUAUUGGUACUAAUGGUGUGCCCCUAGAGGUAGUCGGAGGACAUCUGUCGUCACAGGAAUUUACAGUGAAAAUUAAUAAGGUUAUUGAG